AUGCCGGAAGUGACGCAGGGCAAAUUCUCAGUAAUGUCCACUAAAUAGAAAGGUACAGAAAGAGAGAGAAAGCAUAAAGAAACUCAUUAUUGACGUCCAGGUCAGUCCAACUUAUUAUACUGACAACACAAAUCACGGUAAGGUUUAGGCGCUAUAAUCGACGGCAGAAGUGGUGCGCAACUGACAUUUCAUAAAGAGGGGUCUAGUUUAUUGCUUAAGCUAGCUAUCGCGAAAGCUAGCUAGCUGGCUAGUUUGUUAGCUGGCUAGGUAUUUUAUGUCUGUGCUGUGGCUGUUUUUGUUGCCCAACCUGCGAGUUUACGCUUAGGACGCAAUGACCGUCUAUUCUGCAACAAUAACUCCAUCAUUUUAAAAGUGUCGUGGACGUUCGGCACAUUGCGCUAGAGAUGACCCCUCCUGCCCUCCAGACCCAUCCAUUCUGAGACACUUCUCAGCAGAUGGAAUGUUGAGUCGCGCGGCGGGAGCAGGGCGGCAGCAGCGGGCCGUCCAGACCUGAGGCUCGGCGGGUUUCGGCGGGCGGGCGCGGUGGCGAGGGACGGAGAGAGACGGAGAGACAUGGGCCAGUGCGUCACCAAGUGCAAGAACCCGUCGUCCUCGCUGGGCAGCAAGAGCGGAGACAAGGACCCCGCCGGGAAGGCCCACUGCAAGAAGGGCGGAGUGAUCGGAGGAGGGGGGGCAGGAGGGGGCGUCUACAAGGAGGAGGCCAAGUCCCCCUCGGACCUGCUGGCCAACGGCACCAAGAAGAUGGAGGCGGAGGGCCGGGCCCCGUGCCCGGAGGACCCGCGGAGGGAGGAGGCGCCGGCCGGGGACGGGGAGCGCUUCUCGGUGCCGCGCAUAGAGGAGCUCUUCGGCUGCUACAAGGACGAGGAGGACGAUGCCAUCCUGGAGGAGGGCAUGGAGCGCUUCUGCGACGACCUGUGCGUGGAUCCGGCCGAGUUCCGCGUGCUGGUCCUGGCCUGGAAGUUCCAGGCCGCCACCAUGUGCAAGUUUACACGGAGGGAGUUUGUGGAGGGCUGCAAGGCGCUCCGCGCGGACAGCCUGGAGGGCAUCUACGCCCGCUUCCCCAGCAUGCUCCAGGAGGCGCGGGCGGAGGACGGCUUCCGCGACCUGUACCGCUUCACCUUCCAGUUCGGCCUGGACUGGGACGAGGGCCAGCGCUCGCUGCAGCGCGACAUCGCCGUGGCGCUCUGGCGCCUGGUCUUCACGCAGGACUCGCCGCCCGUCCUGGAGCCCUGGCUGGACUUCCUGACGGAGAACCCGUCGGGCGUGCGGGGCAUCUCGCGCGACACCUGGAACAUGUUCCUCAACUUCUCGCAGGCCGUGGGGCCCGACCUCAGCAACUACAGCGAGGACGAGGCCUGGCCCAGCCUCUUCGACACCUUCGUGGAGUGGGAGGUGGAGCGCAGGAAACGGGAGCAGCAGCAGGAGGAGGAGGAGGAGGAGGAGGAGGAGGAGAAGAGGAGGCACGUUCAGGGUCCCGAGGGGGAAGGAGCUUCUCCGUGAGCCACUACGGAGCGUCGGGGCGGGACAAACUACACGAGCCAGGUCUGCGAAAGCUCGGAUGAAGAUUAAACGUUAUUGUUGCUACUAGUGUGAUCAUUGUGGUUAUGAUUAUUUGACCUUUUUUUUUUUUAUAAAAUAAAAGAAGGGGUUUUGCGAUGGGAGUGUGUUGACUGGGGGGGGGGGGAUGUCUCCCCAGCACCCUAAUUUGCCUUGUGUUUUACGAAAGGGCUCCAAAAUAUGGUAUUGUUUGUUUUCGUAGGCACUUUUAUUUAAAUUAUUAUUAUUAUUAUUAUUAUUUGUAUAAGGUGUGUAGUCCCUUUUUAAAUCAAGCCAGCCAUUGUAGACCAUUUCUUCCCCCACCCCCACCCCCACCCCCACCCCUGGUCCUGGGGUACUCUGUAUGCCAGGUUUUGUUCCAUUCAAGCUGCUAAAGCCCCACACUCAUUAACGUUCCCUUCCUGGUUUUUCUAAAACGGCCACAUUUUAUUUUAUUUUUUUAUUCCCUAACCCCCUUCUGCCUCCUGUGGUCAGCUCUCUGUGCUAACAUUUAGCAACGUAAUCCGAUAAUUAUGCAACAACAUACGUCAUGUUGCGUGCAAAACCAUUUUGCAAGCGGCACUUAGACCCUAAAAUAUGCAUACACACAAAUCAAAAGCUCCAGGGUGAUACGAAAAGCUCAAAAACACACCAAAAAUAUUCAUGUCAACUUACGGUUUGUGCGAUUGUUUUCCAGCAGUUAUCGGGGUUGAAUUGGGUUGAACUGCACUUGCAAAACAAGGCGGUGUGGCUGAAUUCAGAGCGUUUCGCUGUAAGGUUAUGGGCAGAGGAGGGAAACCAGUUGUUGUACGCUGACCAGGAUUUGAUGGCAGACCUGCUGGAACUAAAGCUAACGUAGUGCUGACCCCCCGGGGUGCACUGGAUCAAAGUCCAGAGUACGGCAGGUUGGGGGUUCUGCUAUGGGGUGCACUGGAUCAAAGUCCAGAGUACGGCAGGUUGGGGUUUCUGCUAUGGGGUGCAUUGGAUCAAAGUCCAGAGUACGGCAGGUUGGGGUUUCUGCAAUGGGGUGCACUGGAUCAAAGUCCAGAGUACGGCAGGUUGGGGUUUCUGCUAUGGGGUGCACUGGAUCAAAGUCCAGAGUACGGCAGGUUGGGGGUUCUGCAUUGGGGUGCACUGGAUCAAAGUCCAGAGUACGGCAGGUUGGGUUUUUUUUGGUUUGUUCCCCCCCCCCCCCCAUUUUUUCCACAUAAGUCCUGUAAGGCCUUUUAGCAUCAUGAACUGCAGUACCGCAAAGACUAUUGUGUGCGUGUGUGUGUGUUUCUUUUUAAACUGAGGGACCCUGUAACCAGAAAAAGUGCAGUUUACAAUUUAAGUGCAGUCCAGCAUUCAUGCUGGUUUUAUUCCGUUUUUUUUUUUUCUCCAGUUUCCCCUUUUUAAUAAAAAAAAUGCAGUGGUUUAUAAUAAAAAAUAAAUGGUGUUAAUCUA